UGAACGUGACCUCAUCAGUACAUUAGCAAAAGAGUAGAUCUACUUUUGUCCCUUGCGGGAGUUCGGUCUAGUUCAGACAGCAUCUAAUCUACUGCAGUGCAGGUCCCCCCUGUAGGCGUGACCAGGUUGGUGUGUGUCGGACAUGGCUCACCGUCUCCCGGCAGCCGGCAUUCUCACCGAACCAAGUGAUUCCUUUCGAAACUACCAGGUGUGGCCUGCACCUGAGAAGAAAUGCAAACGGAAGGAAGAACCAAACCCUCGGUGUACCUUGCGGCCCAAGUUUGUGUGUACCACACGGUGUGAGGAACGCACUUUUCGGCCGCCGCCCCCUCUCACUCAACCAGGCUUGCUCUGCUUUGAAGAGAGUAUGAAAAGCCACUGUCAUGGUGAGCGUAGUGGUGAACACCAUGACCAGGUUCACUACACUCAACAUGGCAACCACCACCGUCGCCGUCACCACUCGGAGCAUCAUGGCCGAGGAUGUCAUGCACACAGGUGUCACCACCCUGACCUCGUCUGCUUCCCAGUGCCCAGAAUAAGAAUCGUCAAAGGACGAAACACGAGGGAAAAGAGAAGACUUUAUCGAUCCUGUGUGGAAAUCCGAGAUACAACGACAAGUGCACUGCAUACGAAACACGACCCACCCACUAGCUGCGAGAGUGGUCUCGAGCAGUCUUGUUGAGAAGAGAUGUACCGCCCCCAAGAAACAUCGUGUCCCUGUAAGGGGAAGCCCCUCCCUCUCACCCGUUCUUGCGACCCUGCCCAUCAGGGCCAUAAGACCAGAUGCCCCGCCUACAGCCCGAAGAGAGGGGAGAGGAUAAUGGUGGAACUUCUCGACUACUAAGGCGCAUGGGUGGAGUCAAUAAACCGUAUCCAUGGAUACCCAGAUCUGGACAGAAACAAGCACAUCGUGAAGACACCAUGAUCCACGAUUUUAUCACCAACAGAAUGAACUAGCAGUAUUCCAGGACAUCAAAAGGCAUCUUAACUCAUUCGGUGCUGAGAAAACAUGUUACCCACUUCCCUGCUGUACUGCAACAUUUCUGAUUGAACCGGUUGGGUUAAGAGUGACUUGGAAAAAUGAUUAUGAUUAAAAACAACCUUUAUCUAUGA